GAUAAGAGACCAAUUAUGUUUCUAAUUGCCUUAGUCUUCUCCUGGUUUUGGCAAGUCGAUAGUGUGUCAUGCUUACUCUGCUGGUCAUACUUUCAGACUGAGUGCUGUUCUCAGGCAUUUUGUGCUUCACAGUACACCUCUCCAGAGAAGUGGGAAUCUUAAGCUUGAAAGACUCCUGAGGCAAAUGCUAUUUCAGUCUCAUUGAAAUCCAGCGAGGCACCGAGCACUGAACAAAAGCCCCACAGAAAUUACAGAAGAAAUAACAGGAGAGAUUUGAAAUCACCUGAAUCAAUAGGAGUUCUUACCCUGCCCUGCAGAUUGAGCUCCACUGCAGAGGUGUUCUCAAGCUUUGGCUGCUCAGCAGGCACUUCUGGCAUGCCCAGUCCUGUCCUGCUGUGUGCAUCCUCCAGAGCAGCAGCUAGCAGGGCAGGGCAGUGAUCUCUUCCUGACAGGGACGUGAAUGCAGCUCUCCUUUAGGACAACAGGGCAUGGGAUGCACUGGGAAGCUGACUGCUGGACAGAUGCCCCCGAAAAAGGGAGGCGACGGGGUUAAGUCGCACCCGAUUAUCGGAAGGUUCGGGACGUCCCUGAAGAUCGGGAUCGUCGGGCUGCCGAACGUGGGGAAAUCAACGUUUUUCAAUGUGUUAACAAAGAGUCAAGCAGCAGCGGAAAAUUUUCCUUUCUGUACUAUUGAUCCAAAUGAGAGUCGAGUACCCGUGCCAGAUGACAGAUUUGACUUCCUGUGCCAGUAUCACAAACCUCCAAGCAAAAUUCCAGCAUUUCUGAAUGUGGUGGAUAUUGCUGGCCUUGUGAAAGGAGCCCACACUGGACAAGGCUUAGGAAAUUCCUUCUUGUCUCACAUUAACGCCUGUGAUGGGAUCUUUCAUCUGAUGCGAGCAUUUGAAGAUGAUGACAUCACUCAUGUUGAAGGAAGUGUAGAUCCUGUUCGUGACAUUGAAAUUAUACAUGAAGAACUUAGACUUAAGGAUGAGGAGCUGAUCAUGCAGAGCAUAGAUAAGCUUGAAAAAGUAGCUGUAAGAGGAGGAGACAAGAAAUUAAAACCUGAAUAUGACGUAAUGUGCAAAAUCAAGACAUGGGUAAUAGAUGAAAAGAAAGCUGUCCGCUUCUAUCAUGAUUGGAAUGACAAAGAGAUUGAUGUUUUGAACAAACAUUUGUUUUUUACUUCAAAACCGAUGAUCUACUUGGUUAAUCUGUCUGAAAAAGACUACAUCAGAAAGAAAAACAAGUGGUUGAUAAAAAUUAAAGAGUGGGUGGACAAGCAUGACCCGGGUGCUUUGGUCAUUCCUUUUAGUGGGGCCUUGGAACUCAAGUUGCAAGAUAUGAGUGCUGAGGAGAAACAGAAGUAUCUGGAAGAGAACAUGACACAAAGUGCUUUAGCAAAGAUCAUUAAGGCUGGAUAUGCAGCACUCCAACUAGAAUACUUUUUCACUGCAGGCCCAGAUGAAGUGCGUGCAUGGACCAUCAGGAAGGGGACGAAGGCUCCUCAGGCAGCAGGGAAGAUUCACACAGAUUUUGAAAAGGGAUUCAUUAUGGCUGAAGUAAUGAAAUAUGAAGAUUUUAAAGAAGGAGGUUCAGAGGCUGCUGUCAAGGCUGCUGGAAAAUACAGACAACAAGGCAGAAAUUACGUAGUGGAGGAUGGAGAUAUUAUCUUCUUUAAAUUUAAUACACCUCAACAACCCAAGAAGAAAUGAAUGCCAGAUUUGUUCACUCUGAAAUGAACUGUGCUGCUUCAAAAAGCAUAUGAAUUUUUAUUCGGAAUUGGAAUAUCUGGAAACAAAAAGCAUACAGUUUCUACCUAGGGAACCUCCCUUCCCCCCCAGUGAAAUUAUUCUUGUUUGUUUUGAAUUAAAAUAUGGCACCUCCAGCAAACAUGCAAGUUCACUAAAUGUGAACAGCUUUGCAUUUCAAACGAUUAAGACCCUACUCCAAAUUGUAGAAGCUUUUCGGGAACCAUAUUACUCUCAUGAUACUUCAUUAAUCUCCAUCAUGUAUGCCAAGCCUGACACGUUUGACAGUGAGGACAAUGUGGCUUGCUCCUUUUUGAAUCUACAGAUAAUGCAUGUUUUACAGUACUCCAGAUGUCUACACUCAAUAAAACAUUUGACAAAACCA